UGUACUGCAAAUAAUGAAACAACAUUCAUAAUUGCACAAAAUCUUCUUGUUUCUCAGACUUAAGGAGGUAUUUUGAAAUGAACAUGAAUAUUAUUUUGAAGUAUGAGACAAUCUUUUUGUUUCUCUUUUGGUCCUCUCAAGUGAACUGCAUGUUUUUGCAGAAAUCACUUGCCAACACCUUCCUUUCCCGGAUCCGGAGGGCUAAUGACGGCCUGGAGGAACUACUACUUGAUAAUAUGGAAAGAGAAUGCUGUGAAGAAAAGUGUUUGCCAGAAGAGACUCAAGAGGUUUUGAGAAAUUCUCCAAAACCUGAACAAACUUGGAUUACGCCCAAUGGCAGCGUUAGACCUCUCCCCUGUUUUCUGAGCCAAUCACGCUGUGCAAAGGACAAUCUGAAAGAGGUCUAUUCCAUAGGAAAGAAAAUCUUUGAAAAACAAAAGGAAGUUGUCUAUCUUCAUCAGCAACUGAUCCAUCGCAAGUCGUACAUUUUGUACCGGAUGAGCAAUCUAUUUCAAAGCAUAGAACGUUUGGUUUGGUUGAUAUCAGAUCAGCUUUAAAUGAUCUGCAUAUUGUUUAUUUUGAAUGUGAAUAUGUUAUUAGUGGGUCCAUGCACUGGAUAAUGCUUAGAAAACAUUGAAAUUUCACCUUUGGAAUAAAAAAAUUAACUUUUUCUCAAA